AUGUUCUUAGCCGAUGCAAAUGAGUGGGGCUGCAUCGGUGCGUCGCACUUUGUUUCACGACCUUCCAUACUCAAAAGCUCGAGGUUUUCAACGCCACUUGGACCCCUUGCAAUCCGCAAGAUGGAGCAGCUACAGCGUUCGCUAUCGGAAAGACUCGCUUCAACUCCACUGGAGACAAACGUGGACUUCAUUGACCAGGACGGAGUUAUUCGCCGCUCCUGCACUGUCACCAAGCCAAUGCUCAUGCAAGGCGCUUCCGUCGGGAAACUGGAGUUCCUCUCAACCGAGUUGGACGACGAUAAACCGCAAAGUUCCGCAGUGCUCGAGCUCUCGAGCGUGCGCUUAUCACCUUUGGCCACGCGCUCAGUGUCCGAGUCGGAAAUGAACCGACCCAUUCCUCGCGAAGAGCGUGUGCGACGUUGUACGCAGUUCCAGCUCCAGCUUCGCGAACGGAAGCACAGCAUUCUGGUGGAGCAAAAUACCCGCCACGAAGAGCGAUCACAACUCUGGCACGACGCCUCUGAGCUCGAUCCAGACGUCGAAACCACAAGUGAGAACACCGUGCGAACGCCGUCUCCGAGGUCACAAACCUAUGUCGACGAAGACGGCAACGUGCGCCGCAAGAGCUCCGCCGCCUCUUUCGGUGCAUCACGAGAUACUUCAGUAUCAAAUGACCAAGGCACGGCAACCGUGGAUGGAGAUAACGCGACACCGAAGUCUCCACCUUCACCCAUCGCCCUCGUAUUUGGCCAAGGCAAAGCAUCGCCAACACCUCCGCGAAUUAGUGCGUCACUGGUGCUGGAGUUCGCGCAGACAAUCAACGACAGCUAG